AUCAUUCUCAACUCAUAACCUUUCCUUCUUGCUACCCUUUGUUUAAAUUUCAGGGUUUAUUUGUCCCUUAAACCCUAAAGUUCCCCUGCAUUUUGCUACUUUCUCUUCAAUGGCGGCUUCUUCUGAUUAUACAAUAGAGAACAUGUACGACGUCGCUUUGAAGCCUCGUCUUCUCCGCUCUCUACUCAAAGAAUACGUUCCUGAUUUAAAGCAUCAGUUUCGGAAUCCGCCAGUUCUCUCCUACGUGGUUUCUGCUAUAAAAACUCAUCAGCUAUUAUCCGAAUCAGCUCCACUUGAAUCCGAUGAAAAACUGAUUGAAAACUGGACAGCGACUGUGGAUUCGUGGGUCAACCGAGUAGUUGCUCUUGCUUCUAGUGAUACGCCAGAUAAAUGCUGGGCUGGUAUAUCUUUGCUCGGGGUGACAUGUCAAGAAUGCAGUAGGGAACGUUUCUUAGCUUCUUACUCUGCAUGGUUUAACAAACUCUUACUCCACCUUCAGUCCCCUGAAGAUUCUCACUUUGUGAAGGUAGCUACUUGUGCCUCCCUGUCAGAUUUGUUCACAAGGUUGAAUGGAUUGCCAAAUGCAAAGAAAGAUGGUAUAUCAUUCAGUUCAAAACUAAUUCAACCAUUAUUGAAGCAGCUAAACGAGGAUAAAUUUGAUGCUGUAUGGGAAGAAGCUGUUUUUCUGUUGUGCACCAUUUUAGAUAUCUUCCCAUCUUCCAUUCAACGGCAUUAUGAUGGUGUUGAGGAUGCUAUUGUCUUGAGGCUCAUAUCAGGCAAGUGCAGUCCUAGUAUGUUGGAGAAACUUGGUUAUUGCUUGGCUUUGCUACCAAAAUCAAGAGGGGACGAGGAUAGCUGGUUAUUGAUGAUGCAGAAGAUCAUGCUGUCAAUCAAUAAUCUGCUGAACGAUUCCUUCCAGGGUCUAGAGAAAGAAACUAUAAGAACUGAGGCCAUGCGAUUGUUGCUGCCCCCCGGGAAAGACCCACCGCCUCCAUUAGGGGGGCAAUCUUUGUCUAGAGAAACUGCAGACAACAAAAUGAGGCCUGAGCACUUGCAGAUCUCCAGAAUCUCUACCCUGAUAUUUUGUUGUUGUAAAUUGCUUACAAGCUCAUACCCAUUUCAGGUUGCUAUACAUGUACUUCCAUUAAUAGCUCUUACUAAAAGAGUGCUGAUGGUUGAUGGUUCCUCAUCACCAGGCAUUGCAUACAUGACUACAAUGAAACAAGAGUUUUUGUGUUCAGAACUCCCAGUCUUGCAUUCACACACAUUGGAUCUUCUUUCAUCAAUUGUCAAGGGACUGGGCAGCCAGUUGCUCCCUCAUGUUGGCUCUAUAAUAAGACUCCUAACCAACUACUUUGAGACGUCUACUUUGCCAGAGCUAAGGAUAAAGGUGUACACGAUUAUGAACGUUCUGCUGAUGUCACUGGGAGUCGGGAUAUCCGCACACCUCACUGAUGUGAUUGUUAAUAAUUCAUUGAUUGAUUUGGAUGAGAGAGGCACAUCUUCUGUUGCACAACAGAAGAUAUAUCCAGAGACUACAGCAAAGACUUCCCACAAAAAAAGGAAGCAUGCAAGUACAAGUAGUUCACUUGAGGAGCAGCCUGAUAGCGAUGUUUUUGAAGUUGAAAUGUGCCCAACUGUGGGUUCAUUAUCUGUUAAGAUAGCUGCACUAGAGGCAUUGGAAGCCCUUCUCGCUGUGGGUGGUUCUUGGAGAUCUGAGAGUUGGCGAGUAAAUGUUGAUCACCUUCUUUUGGUUGUUACCAGAAAUGCUUCUAAAGGAGGGUGGGCCAAGGAUGGCAGAAGCAAAUUGGUUUCUGAACCAACCACUAUGUGGGGUAACUAUCAAAUUGCAGCUUUACGAGCACUUCUGGCUUCUCUCCUCUCUCCUGGCCGCACUCGCCCACCACACCUAUCUCAGGGGCUUGAAGUUUUUCGCAGAGGGAGUCGAGAAAUAGGAACUAAAGUUGCUGAAUGUUGUGCAUAUGCUCUUUUGGCAUUGGAAGUGCUUAUACAUCCCCGGGCUCUUCCAUUUUUAGAUGUCCAGUCCACUGACAACAAGUAUGAAGUUGGAAAUAAGUGGUUUUCAGGGAUCAGUGACCGCGCAGCAAAUAUCACAUUCCACAUUGGCACGUCCAAAAAGGCCCCUGAUGAAUCAGACUCUUAUAAUGAUGACCUUUACGCAGAUUGGAUGCGAAAUAGUGAAGAUUCGGAUACCGUGGCAGCUGAUCAUGGAAACGAUACAGAUAAAAGUAAUCAACCCCAAGCAACAUUGGGAGAUCCUUCAUCAGAAAAGCUUCCAUCUCUUGACACCACUGCCGUAAAAGAUUCUAAAAGUAGUAAAUUGAAGGAAGUAGCGCCUAAUACUGUUGCUACGAAAAUCCCCAUGGACAGGGAUGAGGUCAUGGCUGAAUCGCAACUAUCUGAAGAAACAAGUAAGCAUUCUGAAGAGAUCCUACCCUCCAAGUCUGAAACUCUUGCUUCAAUUAGUAGUGGGAAAAGCAGCUUUCAAUCCAGUUCCCUUGUUUCUGAUGGCAAUGCUUUAAAUCCCACGGGUAGUGAAGUUCAAGCAGAGAAACUAGUCUUGGGUGCUAAGAACAAUGUGGUAUCUCUAGGAUCAGAAAAGUUCGUGGACAGUGCAUCAAGAAAGGAGGUGGCAGAAGCUAGCGAUGCUGGAUUUGCUUCGUCGCUGAUGAUGAAUGUAGACAGAGGUAAAGAGUUGAUGCAUGAAUCAGAUAACGAGUCCAUGGAGUCAAUUCCUGAUAUAGUUGACGUUGAGCCCGAUUCUGAUUAAAUAGAGAACAACCUAUAUAGCGCCGCACAUUAUAUUUAUUGUGUCUCGUAUGGUGGGUAUGAUGUUGUAUUGCUUAAGAAAAUCAUCAGUCCCCUGGCUGUUUCUCUAAGAGGAAAUUUUGGAGGAGUUGAUGCAUUGAUAGUUAAGAUGAGUUUUUCAAUCUAUCCUUGCACACGGGGCCAUGCUAAUUUCUCUGUCGGGUUUUGCUUGCUAGUGGUUGAAUGUUAAAUUUAUGACUAAGUCGCUAGGUUUUAGAUUUCAAAAUUCAUUAGAGGAUUUUUUUCACUAAAGUUUCGAAGUUCUUGAGUCUGUAAGUUGUACUAUCCUACUAUUGAAAAUCCAGAUGAAUUACAAUACAAUCCUUGACAAAGGAUGCCAAUUUUGAGUA